AUGGAUUCCAAAGCAUUUAACAAAAAGAAAUGUAGACAACAUGAUAUCAAAUAUUUGAAAUAUGGCUUUAUUGAGUCACCUGUAAACAAUACAUUACCAAUGUGCCUGAUUUGCCAGAAAGUUUUAUCAAACGAAGCUAUGAAACCUUCCAGACUAGAAGAACAUUUGACUAAAAUUCAUGGUGAUAAAAAAGAUAAAGAUUUAUCUUAUUUUUGAACAUUAAAAGAAAAAUUUAUCAAACAACUGACAUUGGCAAAACUCUUUUCAAGCGCAACCACACAAGAUGGUGAUGGCUUGCUUUCUUCUUAAAAUAUUUCAUUAAUGAUUGCCAAAUCGGGAAAACCUCAUACUAUUGGUGAAGAACUAAUUAUAGAGGCUAUAAGUGAAGUAAUACGUACUGUACUACACAAGCCAGCAUCUGAUAUUAUCAAGAAAAUUUCAUUGAGCAAUAAUACAGUGCAAAGAAGAAUUGAUGAAAUGGCUCAAGAUAUUGAAGAUUCAUUGUGUGGAUAUUUAAAAACACUUCGGUUUUCUAUUCAACUUGAUGAGUCAACUUUGCCAGGAAAUGAAGCUUUACUUUUAGCAUAUGUGUGGUUCACAAAGGAGGAACAAAUUUACAAAGAAUUAUUAUUUGCAAAAUAUUUGCAAACUGAUACUAAAGGAGAAUCAAUAUUUCAUGCAUUGGAUGAGUUUUUUAAAGAAAAAGAAAUACCUCUGAGUCAUAUCUUAUCAGUAGCCACAGAUAGUGCUCCAGAGAUGGCAGGGCACUACAGAGGUUUUCUUGCAUAUUUAAAAAAGGAGGUGCUGAAUGCAUUCACAGUACACUGUAUCAUCCAUUGUCAACAUCUAGUUGCCAAAAAUUUAAGCGCACGCCUACAUAAUUCAUUAUAA